AAGAAAUAAGCAGUUGCAAACUAUUACAAUGAGAAAAUUGAUAGUUUAAAAGAAGGCACGGGGAUUUAUUUUAUCUGCAGUUGUGAGUCGCGAAAACUUCCAAUUUAACUGUGUCAGUAAAAUUCGAUUGUAAAUCUUAAGUGGGCUGGUACAAAUGAGUUUUAAUUCUGAACAAAGUACACACUAAGAAUUUUAGUCGUUUAGAUCACGUCGUCAGCUACCGAUGAACAUAACGACAUUCUCCAUUUAAAAAAAGUUUAUAGGAAAUUGUCAUUUGUUUCAUUUGCAAAACACAUUUAGAAUGUAAAAUGUUACAUUGAGAUAUCGAAGUGUAUGGAAGAUUUCUGAUUUGUGGCAAUAAAUUAUAUCCGUAUUUUAUUGCUGUGUUGGUAUGAAUAGACGAACAGAGAGAGGUGUUUGAUUGGCUGAUCAUGACAGUAUUAUGUUUAUACCUUUUCUUGUUUCAGUCUAGAAAACGUUCGAAAUUUUAUCGUGAAAUUCAAUUUUGACAGGAUAUACCAACUUUGCUGUAGAAUUACUGAAAAUGGUGUAAUACGAUUUUCCUCAUAUUGCGUAUAGCAUAGAACAACAAAACAAAGUGUAGUUUCCAAAAAAUAUUAAUACGAUCACACGAUGAAGAAACGUACAUGAAAAAAAUAAAAAAUGGAAAACGAUGGAUUUAAAAUAGCAUAUGAGCGGAGUGUUAAUUUUGUUUCGAUUUGAGUUAUUUUGUGGAAAAUUUAUGUGUUUGUGACGUCAUUGCGUCAGAUUCUGCCAAGGAUGAGGAAUAGUGAUGGAGUUAUCCGGACGGGAUUUAUAGUCGUUCCAACUCUCAUUCUGAUUUUAGUACAGACGCAAAACUCGGUCGGAGUAAAAUGGUUAGCAAUGCAUGAAAAAAGAUUUUCCGAUUGGAAUACAUAUCAGAACUGUUCAAAAUCAUUAGGACUAGUUAAGAAACAAGUGAAAUUAUGUAGAACUAAUUUAGAUUUAAUGAGAACAUUUUCACAUGCAGCAUAUAUAGCUAGUAAAACAUGCCAAGAACAAUUUGCCGAUAGACGAUGGAAUUGUUCCUCUCUGCUCAAAGUACCAAAAUUAUCACGUGAUUUAUCUCGAGGUACACGAGAACAGUCCUAUGUUUAUGCAAUAGCAUCUUCUGCAUUAGUACAUUCCAUUGCACGUGCUUGUAGUUUGGGUGUUACCACAAAAUGCAGUUGUGGAUCACUUCCUGACAAACCGCCUGAUGAUCAACAUAAAUGGGGAGGCUGUAGUGAUAAUGUGAGAUAUGGGGUAUAUUUAACACAAAGUUUCACAGAGGCUUCACUUACACGGAAAGGGAAACCAAAAACUUCAAAGAAAGCGGACAUGAACCGACAUAACAACGGAGCUGGAGCACAGAUAGUUUCCGAUAGUUUGAAAAUAGCGUGCAAAUGUCAUGGAGUUUCAGGAUCUUGUGCAAUAAAGACAUGCUUCAGAUCAAUGCCAAACUUUUCAGCUGUAGGACUGAUGUUAAAAGACAAAUAUAUUGCUGCUGUUGAAGCAAAAAGAAAAAGAAAGAAAUCAAAGAAAGUUUUUGUACCAUUAUUUCCACAUAGACAAAGUGUUACAACAAACACGUUAAUUUAUUAUACAAAAUCUCCAGAUUACUGCAGUCGAGACCCCAAAACGGGGUCAGAGGGUACAGAGGGGAGAUACUGCGAUAAAGGUAGUCAAGGUUGGGGAGGCUGUGAUAUCCUUUGCUGUGGCAGAGGUUAUAAAAGUUUUACAAGAGAAAUUGUGGAAAGAUGUGAAUGUAAAUACUAUUGGUGUUGUUAUGUCAAAUGUAAAGAAUGUACCAAAACACUUCACCUAAAUGUGUGUCGAUAAAAUACCUCAAUUGUUGUUUUUUAUAUGUUUUCUAUGAAUCUCGAUGGAAACUAAUAUUUGUUCAUUUGAUAUUUAGCAAAAAGAAAGACAACUGAACUUUUGUACUGUCUAGUACUUACAUGAUGAUGUGUGACUUGAAAGUCCCGGGUUACUAUUUAGUGCAUGGGACUGAUGUCAGAUGUGUGCACUAAUUUAAAUGAAUCAUGUUUUUUUUUGUUUUUAUUAUGAUUUUUUUUCUCUGAGUAAGAAGGUUUCAUUUUAGAAAAAAAAAUAUGCAAUUCAUAUAUACCAUAAAGAAUAAUUUUCUAUUUAUGUUAUGUAGAUGUCCAGAAAAGCGACAUUACUUUAAGUUAUAUUUUAUCCGAAGCAUUCGUAAUAGGCGAUGUCUUCUUCUUUUUUUUACCCCCCUCCCCCACAACGUUGUCCUCGAGCACGCACAGCUAGCUGUGUUCCCAUCUUAUAAGUUGAAUUAUCUCCCGUUGUCCAGAAAAAGAGUCGACUAAAAUAAUUCAAAUAUAAAAUACAUUGCAUGCCUUUUAUUAAGUCUGAAACGCCUGCUACUGAAGUCUACAAUGUGUUGCUUCUCCUCUAAUACUAUGUAGAUAUACAGCCGAAAAGCACUUGCGUUCACCCAAAUUGGGUUCAAAUAUAGCAAGUGUUGUCAAAGUUUAUCUUGGAUUUGUUGGUAAAAGUCAUUAUUACUUGGUUCAUUUUGCAAUUAAUAAUCUUUCUACUUAAUCACUAAGAUUCUAAUUGGGAAUAAGUUGGUAUGUCUGUUUAUGGUAAGUUAUUUGUUUUAGAGGACCUCGCUGCUCCCAGGUGGCAAAAAGCAUAUCACAAUGUAUAUUUGUUUUACAUCACGUGCUGUUUGUUUUGUUUUUGUUUUGUAUAUAGAUUUAUAAAAGAUUUGGCAAUGUUUACUUUUGAUGUUAUUUGUAUAUCAUGACUAUCUUUUCAUUAUAAUAUAUGUAAAUAUUUAAACAUGUCAAUAAAAUUGUUGUGAAAAAAUAAUAUUAAAUUCGUUUGAAUAAG